UGGGACAAAAGACGUUCCACUUAGACAAAGAAUUAAGGAAGAGGCGAAUAAAGGGAUAUAUGGAUAAAGUACGAAACUUGAAAAGCGGAUAUGGUAGUGGCGUGUCCGCUUCUCAUUCGAAGCUUCUUCAGUUAUCGACAUAAGCUCAACUCUCGACUGCCCUCAGUGAACUUACUGAUGGCAGUCUGAUUGAUUAGCAUUCAAGGAACAAGGGAUAUAUGCUUGAAAGAUGAUCUGAAGUUCAUCCUCUAAAUUCAUAAAUUUUGGGUGGUUUCAUUUAUAUUUCUGUGGUGGAGGGAUUGCUGUAGGCAGUGAUGAAACAGCAGAAUAUUCUGUACAGUAAUGCCUCUUUCAUUUUCAGAAAAAAUCUUUAUGGACAAUUCAAUCAUAGAAUUGCCUGUACCUUCCCCAACUUACAUCAUCAUCAAAGUCAUGUUAGUCUUUUGAGGGCCAAAAUACCAUCUAUAACUAUAAGUUCCCACUUGGAUGCUUUGGAAAUUAGCCACGCAUUACAACACGGGUGCAUCAAAGGUGUGGGUGAUGAAAAUCAAGGGGAAUUAUCUGACGAAGACGACGAUCUGUGCCCUGUGGACUGUGUUAGAGAAUUUAAGACUGAUGAAGAAUUCUUAAAAAUUCUUGAAAAGGCCAAAGAAACUAAUUCUUUAGUUGUAGUAGAUUUUUAUCGGACUUCUUGUGGAAGCUGUAAGUACAUCGAGCAAGGGUUCUCAAAGUUAUGCAAGGGUGCUGGCGAUGAAGAUGCUGGAGUAAUUUUCUUGAAACAUAAUGUAAUCGAUGAGUAUGAUGAACAGUCUGAAGUUGCUGAAAGACUUAGAAUCAGGGCAGUGCCUCUUUUUCACUUCUAUAAGAAUGGAGUUCUCUUGGAAGCAUUUCCAACCAGAGACAAGGAGAGAAUUGUUGAAGCCAUUAUGAAAUAUACAUCUACUACUCAAGAUACUUAAGCAAAGGUUCCCUUAUUUUCAAACUUUGCUUUUGCAAUAAAAUAGUCAAUAAGAUGCUUGGAAUGGAUGGACCAGAUUAAUUGGUAUACAACAUAUUAUUACUGUAAUCAUUAUUUACAGGGUGUACUUAAAUAGUGAAACUGUUUUCUUUUUGCCCCAUUGUUUUGCUCUUUAUGAUCAAUGGCAUUAUUUGCUUGUUCAUUUUCA